UGGUGAGAGCAUACCAUGAAGGUGUUAAUGAUAUUAUGCGUCCUAGUUUCGUCGAGCCACGCACUAGAGGCCGACGCGGAAAACGUUCCAUGUGAUAUUACUAUACAAGACUCAUCCAAUCUCACACUAAACUGUUCGCGCCGCAACAUUGAUGAGAUUCCAGAAAAAUGGCCAGAAACAUUGAACAGCGUAGACAAAGAUGGGCAUGUGUUGAUAACGUUUUUCAACAAUACAAUUUCGAACGUGUCGCAAAUACCAGCAGUACCCGGCAAGAAGGUCGCCAUCAGCUUCAAGUCGAACGAGAUCGUUGACAUCGAGGAUGAUGCAUUCAGCAACAUCGAGAGAUUGGUAUACCUCGAUCUCAGCAACAAUUAUAUCUCUGGUGAAGUGUUAAGGAGUGAGAUAUUCCGAGGGAAAUACCAAUGUACCAACUGCACUCAAUAUGGCGUAUACGGCAGCAUCGCAUUGGAGACGCUCAACUUGGGUCACAACGACAUCCACUCCUUGGACCGGUACUUGUUCCAGUACACGCCGAACUUAACACGACUCUACCUCAACAACAACCCGAUAGAGAUCCUCGACCAUGUGACACUUCUUGCAUUAGCCAGUGCUAUCAAUUUACAGGUAUUGGAUUUGGCCAAAACCGACAUCAAUAGCAUACCCCUAGACGCGUUUAAAGGGUUAACGAAACUGCAGCAAAUCGAUUUGUCUGACAACCGGUUCGUGACCGUGCCGGAGAGUCUGAUUCUCGUCGGAAGCUCCCUCAAGUACCUCACGUUCAACAACAAUCCUAUCAACCAGCUCAAUGACGACAGUUUCGUAGGCUUAACGAACUUAAUCGAAUUAGAAGUCGGCGAAAACGAUUAUUUGGAAGAAGUGAAAAGCAGCACGUUCUCCCCACUCAAGAACUUGAGGGUACUUCACCUCUGCCACAACCGAAAUCUGCGAUACAUCAGCCAUAAAGCGUUCCUCGGAUUGAAAGACCAAUGGACCUUGAAAGAAGUAUACCUGGAUAACAACUACCUCAGUGAGUUAUCCACAGACUUAAUGCCAUGGAACAAAUUGGAGAUAUUAGGAAUGACUGGCAAUAAUUGGCUUUGCAACUGUGAACUGGCCAAUAUUGUGACCGAUCAGGGAGCAGGGGCUAAAUUCCAAACUGGAGAAAUUCCUUUCUGUGCUGCCCCUAUGAGGCUCAGUGGAGCAUACAUAACCAAUAUUACACUUCCCUACUGCCCAACUUUGAACACAGAACCUAAGAACAUCAGGGUAUUCACUUUAUCUAACCUAAAACCUAAACACAUCUUAUACAGCAUCCUAGGAGUAGCAUUAAUAGCCUGUUUAGGUAUGUUACUUGGCCUACUUGUUAAUGCAGUCAAAUCUUGCUACAACAAAAAGAUCAAGACCCAACCAAUCCGUUAUAUCAACUUAAACUCAGAUACCAGUUUUGCAUGAUAACACCCUAGUAGUACUAAUCAGUAAAUUGUAUUAUAUCUUCAAUAGAAUUAUACUAUCAGGAAGUUUUAGAUAGUAACGAAAAUAUGUAAAUAGAAAUUGUAUUAAAUAUUUUUGGAAAUUAUUAAUAAAUUUUAAAACACUUU